CGGCGGACAGGCUUGCGCUGGCGUCCAUAACUCUUAUAUCUUUGCUCAAGUUAUUAUAAUGCGCGCCUGAGCAGCGGUCGAAGGCUGUGUCGUGCAAAGACGGGUGUCAUGGCGAAUUCCAAGUAUGGAUAUGUGCGCUCAUUCGAGCAGCCGGACAGCCUACUGUCCAACACCUGGAUCGUCGUGCGCAUCGAUGGGCGUGGCUUCUCAAAACUCACUGCGAAAUACAAAUUUAUCAAGCCAAAUGACCGGAAUGCGUUGGACCUUAUGAACGCCGCAGCUGAGGCUGUCAUGAAAGAAUUGCCAGACCUUGUACUCGCCUAUGGUAACAGCGACGAAUAUAGUUUCGUCUUCCACAAGGACUGUGUCUUAUUUGAGCGACGAGCUAGCAAGUUGACUACGACGAUCGUGUCUACGUUUACCUCUUAUUAUGUGUUCCUGUGGUCCACGUAUUUUCCUGAUAAGCCACUCACGCCUCCUCUUCCCUCGUUCGAUGGACGUGCAGUAUGCUAUCCGAGCGACAUCAAUCUCCGGGAUUACAUGAGUUGGCGACAAGUUGAUUGCCACAUCAACAAUCUCUAUAAUACCACAUUUUGGACCCUUGUCCAACAAGGUGGCAUGGGAGCUCAAGAAGCUGAGCAAAGACUAUCAGGCACUGUGUCGUCAGAUAAGAACGAGAUACUAUUUAAAGAUUUCGGUAUCAACUAUAAUAACGAGCCCGAGUGUUUCAAAAAGGGCACGGUGUUGUAUCGAGAUUUCUUUCCCACACCAGCAGCACAGCGGACGUCUUUACAAACUCUAGCAGCAUUUCCAUCGCCUCCCAUAGCGUCGCCCCAACCUACACGACCAUAUUUCCGUCCAGUAUCACAGCCAAUAGGGCGGACGAUACCCUAUCCGCAAGACCAGGUAGUAUCCCCGGGAGGUGAAGGUCCAGGCCCAACCUUCCUCUCGACAACAUCAACACCCUCACCACCACCUUCAUCCCACACAAUGUUGAAGACAGCGUUUCCUAACCCGCUGCGGUCAAAUCCCAUCAGCCCUCGUACCAGCACAUAUCCUCCAACAUCAUCGAUGCCGUUAUCGCCACCUUCAACAGUCACAUCACCGUAUGGAAACUCCAUAUCGCCGCACGCAAAGCAGGGUCUACCGUUAUUAACGCCCCUUCUACUAUCUCCGCCAACCUUGAAGCCAAGUACUAAGCCUCCGCUUUCCCUCAAUCCGCCAAACCCUACAACACGUACCAACUUCUCUCCAACCUCCUCGCCUCGGGACUUCCCUACAGCCUUUCCCAUUUCCGGCUAUACCCACAACACCUCAUCAAGAAUCGCUCAGCCUGUUUCUCACUCAGCAUCUGCUUCGAUGUCCACCGCAGGCCCAUCGAAACCCAGAUUAAAACAUCGCUCACCCAGUCAACCCCAGCUUCCAACAUACUUUACCUCGGGCAACUCUUCCUCAGGAGGCCCUCCAGCCAUACCUUUGCGCAUGUCAAGUAUACCAACCAACAACAAGCCUCGCAAGCUUGCUUUGCAGAACCAGCGAUCUAUAUCAACGUUGAAGCCAACGAGACAAAGCCCCGAGGGGAAAGAGAACAUUGCUAACCCCGCUCAAAUCACUGGUUCAAUGACGCCCAGAAAAGUGAGCCCACCGCUGUUUACAAACAAAGAAUUGCCCAGUCCUCCUAUAGACACAGAAGAGGAGAUGCGUACACGGGAGAAGGUUAUGAGGAGUAGUCCGCAGCAGGAGUGGGCGAGUUACACUACCGCGAGUAUCCAAGAGGCACAAAGAAGAGUUAGCGACUCUGACAAACGAGAUGGGCAUGUUUGGGUCGAUCAAGACGUAUCUCACGCUGGUACAAAAGAGUUGCCUACUGCGUCAACAUCAACGCAAAGGGCAAGGAACCAUUCUAGAUUACACUCUGCGCCCGCUGCGGCGUCAUCGUACUCUCCGUAUCCAGCCACCCAAGCCUUGUCAUCUACGAGCAGUACACCCAAACCGCAACCUAUUCCCAGCGCCAGCGCCACCACACCGAACCAAGACCCAGACAUCCCACAGACCCUUCCCCAGACCGAUAGUCCCAGCUUGAAAGCAGCGAAACCGAAACCGAAACCUCAGUCCUUCUCCCUACCCAACGCGUCGAAGCCUCUCGACACAGAGCAAAUCGCCACCCCGCUGAAGAGCAGCAACAAGGGCACAGUCUCGUCCGAGCAAGGCGGUUGGAACGCCAGCACGCAGCACGCGAACGAAGGCCGGCCUGUGCACAUGAGCCGCACGCAAAAGGACAAGGAGAGAAAGAAGAGGAGCAAAGCGAAAGUGCUGAUGGAGCAUAUUGAUAUUAUUAGAGAUGAGUUUUGGGAGAAGAGGCCGUGGAUAUUGAGUGGGAAGACGGGGUGAGUAUGAGUGUGCAUAUCUUCUAGGGGUGUUAAGGAGUUGGUCUGAACGGUGCUACAAGUAUUUGUUGGUUGUAAUUAGCGGGAGGGGAGGAGUCAUGGUAACGAAGUUGCGCUUGAUCG